CGUGCCUAUGGUCGGUCGGUCAUAAGAAAAUGCAUACGAUAUUAGAAACGAUCAUCCCAUCUAGUCUCAUUCUAUGAGAAUCUCCCGUUUAAAGCUCUUGGGAUUCAAACGGUUUGUAAGAUAGCCGCUCUUCAAGCUUCGAUGAUCCUUUCACGAACAAAGGGCAUCUAUCAAACACAACUAGUUCAAAUCCGCCAUUGCUUCAAUCACAUCCAUGCUCAAGCAUACCGCACCGUUCGUCCCACCAAAUCCAAAACCAAACCUCGCAACGAACAACGACCUUUCAGACAUCCCCAGAAGCCUCGCAAGCCCAUACCUUUCGUCACCAAUGUCAAAGAGGUACGAGACCCAGACGAGGCCUUAUGUCUCUUCCACGAGUACCACCAAACUGGCUUCAAGCACGACUAUCCCUCUUACUCCGCUCUCGUGUACAAGCUUGCUCGCUCUCGCAACUUUGAAGCUGUAGAGACCGUUCUUGGUCUUAUACAGGACCGAAAUAUUCGGUGCAAAGAGACCCUUUUCAUUGCUUUGAUUCAACAUUAUGGGAAAGCCCUUUCCGUGGACAAAGCUAUUGAGCUUUUUCAUAGAAUGCCUUCUUUUAAUUGUGUCCGUACACUGCAGUCUUUUAAUGCGCUUCUUAAUAUACUUGUUGAUAGUGACCGGUUUUUGGAUGCAAAUGAGAUUUUCGCUCGUUCUCGCCAAAUGGGUGUUCGCCUGAAUUCAAUUUCGUUUAAUGUAAUGAUAAAAGGCUGGCUCAGGAAGGGUGAAUGGAAACAAGCUUGCGAGGUGUUUGAUGAAAUGCUUGAGAGAAACGUGCAACCGAGUGUUGUGACAUAUAAUAGUCUUAUCGGGUUUUUGUCUAGAAAGGGUAGUCUGGAUGAAGCAAUGAGUUUGCUUGAGGAUAUGAUGCAGAAAGAAAAACAUCCAAAUGCGGUGACAUAUGCGCUGUUGAUGGAAGGUUUGUGCUCUGUUGGAAAGUAUACAGAAGCAAAAAAGAUGAUGUUUGAUAUGGAGUAUCGAGGGUGUAAGCUGCAGCUGGUGAAUUAUGGUGUUUUGAUGAGUGACCUUGGAAAGAGGGGGAAGAUUGAGGAGGCAAAAUCUCUACUUCACGAGAUGAAGAAAAGGGGUUUUAGGCCCGAUGUUGUGACAUAUAAUAUAUUGUUAAAUUACAUGUGCAAGGAAGGUAGAGUGACUGAGGCUUAUAAAGUUUGGAUUGAAAUGCGGCUCGGAGGUUGUAAGCCGAAUGCAGCUACAUACCGAAUGAUGGUUGAUGGAUUUUGCAGGGUUGGUGAUUUUGAAGGAGGUUUGAAGGUAUUGAAUGCAAUGUUGACGGGUAGGCAUUAUCCACGUUCAGAAACAUUUAAAUGUUUGUUAGUGGGACUGUUGAAUUGUGGGAAGAUAGAUAAUGCCUCUUUUGUUUUGGAGGAGAUGGAGAAGAUAAAGAUACGUUUUGAUUUGGAGGAUUGGGAAGCCUUAAUCAGGGAUGCUUGUAGUGGAGAUAAAAGUUCCUGUGGGCUUCUAACUGAACUGGUUACUGCUAAAAAAUGUGUAAGGGAAGAUUGUAUGACAUUGUUAUGACAUUUAGUGGUUGUGGUGGUAAGGCCCUGUCACCAGGGUAAUUGAUGCUUGAGCUUAAUAAUCCAUGGGGUCCUCCAGGCUUUAGAUACACAAGGAAUCAUGUAUGUUCUGAGUUAAAUGGCAACAAGUAGACAUCUCUAUGAAGAGUGAUCGUUUGUUGGUUGUUUGCCUAGCUGCAUAUAUAAUCCUUCUUUCGGUAUGUAUGGAAAAGGGGAGAUAUGAUUUUGCAAGCCUCUGUGAGCUCUAAUUACUGAUGCUUGUGGUGGAUCGGUAGAGGUGCUGGUGAUUCGCAAGAACCAAUCUUUGCUCAUUGGUAGGCUUCAGAAGUGAACAAGAUUUGAUGGUUAAACAUUAAUAUAUAUAUAUAUAUAUAUAUUAUUUCACUUUCCAUGGUUAUUUUGAUGCCAAGGCUUAGGUGUCAUUUCGAUAGCGAGUUAAGA